GGGCAAGUGUCUGCUGUUCGGUGAAAUGGGGGCAUUCUCACCGCGUAUGCACAUCUGGCUACACCCCAAGUGCUCUGUCAGUACACAGAGGCUAACUUUCAUGACCACAAGGUGUAGCACUUUACCUACAGUUCAUCAAAUCCGCUACUCCCAGAAUGCUUCAGUAUGUGUUUGCCUCAGUUUGCCUAGCCUUCAACAAUGCAGCUUUGAUCGUGCACAGCACAUAGGGGGAUCUUGCUACGCGUACAUCGCUCGAUUGGCACAGACAUGCUUUCAAACUACCAAAUCAAGCACAACACUGGGCAUGUCAUUUUGUAAUGAACUUGCAUAAAGCGACAUACAUUUUGAAGCUAAAUCAACGUUUUAUUUUGAGACAUUUUGGAUCUUCAUACCUACCGGGUUUUGUUAUUCAUUGUUGAAUGAGAACUUGACAGACCGACCGACCAAGGACCCAGGAAAUGGGCACGAUCAGAUUAGGAGCACCUCACCCAUGAUGCCACUCUGCAGAACUUUAACUGGCCAUGCCAUCCUCCCCAGCAUUCCCCCGAAGGGCUUCCCUCUCCCCAACACCCUGCUCGCAUAGGUCCGGAACACAACUGGAACAUAGAACGAUGGCGUGGACUCGUCUCAGCUAUGGCACACCAGCGGGACAACGCUAAACAUCCCCUGCAUCUAAUACGUAAGGGAAAACCAAGAUAAAGUAGAUCUACUUCCAUUACAUAUAAGUACAAAACAAUUCAAUGGGUACCUGUGAUGGUUUAGCGGUCACACUAUUUCACCAUGCCGACGAGGUGGCACCAUGGCCGCUGAUCUCUGUGGACUAGUAGAGCGCUGAGCUGACCUGUGCCCGUGAUGCAGCGUAACGGCGGCGGGGUGGGGGCUGGUGGCCAGCCAUGGGUACUGCGGCGCGUGCGCCUCACCUGGCUCAGCUUCAUGCUCUUCUUCAUCCUCGUCUUCUUCCCGCUCAUCGCCCACUACUACCUCACCACCAUCGACGAAGCUGGCGGCCCGGAGAAGCGCAUCUUCGGGCCGCGGCCCGGCGGCGAACUGUGCGAAGCCAAACACGUGCAGGACCUGUGCCGCAUCCGCGAGUCGGUCAGCGAGGAGCUACUACAGCUGGAGGCCAAGCGGCAGGAGCUGAACGGGGAGAUCGCCCGGCUUAACCUGCGCAUCGAGGCGUGCAAGCGUAGCAUCGACAGUGCCAAGCAGGACCUGCUGCAGCUGAAAAACGUCAUCAGUCAGACGGAGCACUCGUACAAAGAGCUGAUGGCCCAGAACCAGCCCAAGCUUUCGCUGCCGGUGAGAUUAAUACCCGACAAGGAUGACCCUGGGCUGCCCCCGCCCAGGUCGUUCCGAGCAUGCCGACUGCGCUCCUGUUUCGACUACGCCCGCUGCCCACUGACCUCGGGCUUCCCUGUGUACGUGUACGACACGGCCUCGUACCCCUGGGGUGAGUCUCUGGACCCCCUGGUAAAGCAAGCCUUCGCGGCCUCAGUAAAGAGCAGCAUCUAUGUAACCGACAACCCCAGCGUUGCCUGUCUUUACGUGGUGCUAGUGGGGGAACUGCAGGAGUCUCCCUCUUCCCCCCUCCCAGCUCCUUCAGAGCUGGAGAAGCAGCUCAAGGCUCUUCCCUACUGGAGAUCUGAUGGGCACAACCACCUCCUGGUCCACCUCUCCAGGAAGUCCAUGACACAGAAUUUCUUAUACAAUGUUAGCACUGCCAGGGCGGCGCUGGCCCAGUCCACAUUCCUGGAGCAGCAGUACCGCGAGGGCUUCGAUCUGGUGGUGUCCCCGCUGGUCCAUGCUCUCUCCGAACCCAACUUCCUGGAAGUGCCACCCCAGGUGCCCGUCAAGAGGAAGUAUCUUUUCACAUUCCAGGGCGAGAAGGUUGAGUCCCUGAGGAGCAGCUUACAAGAGGGGCCACCCCAGUCAUUCGAGGAGGAAAUGGAAGGAGACCCUCCGGCCGACUAUGACGACCGCAUUAUCGGCACACUCAAGGCGGUGCAGGACAGCCAUCUGGACCAGGUGCUUGUCGAGUUCACCUGUAAGAACCCGCGACCCAGCCUACCCACGGAGUGGGCUCUGUGCGGGGAAAGGGAGGAACGGCUGGAGGUCCUCAAGGCCUCCACCUUUGCCCUGGUCAUCUCGCCCGGGGACGGUCAGCUGGUCGCCUCGGCAGGCUGCGGCAUGAGACUGUUUGAGGCCCUGGAGGUCGGCGCCAUCCCUGUGGUUCUCGGGGACCACACCCGGCUGCCGUACCAUCAGCUGAUCCGCUGGAGCGAGGCGACCAUCAUGGUGCCCAAGCCCCGCAUCACCGAGCUGCACUUUCUGCUUCGCAGCCUAUCGGACAACGACCUGCUUGCCAUGCGGCGGCAAGGCCGCUUCCUAUGGGAGACUUACUUCUCCACGUCGGAGAACGUCCUGAACACCAUCCUGGCCAGCAUCCGGACAAGCAUCCAGGUGCCGGCUGCGCCCAUCCGCGAGGAGCCCGCCCAGGAGAUCCCCCACAAAGCGGGCAAGAUGGCAGGCACGGACGCCAACCUAGCCGACAAUGGCGACCUGGACCUUGGACCUGUGGAGACGGAGCCGCCCUACGCCUCGCCCCGAUUCCUAAGGAACUUCACCUACACGUCGGCCGACACCUACCAGACGUGGAACCGUGCCCCGGGACCUUUCCACCUGUUCCCCCACACACCGCUGGACCCCGUGCUGCCCUCCGAGGCCAAGUUCCUGGGCUCGGGCACAGGUUUCCGGCCCAUCGGCGGAGGCACCGGGGGCUCGGGGAAGGAGUUUCAGGCUUCCCUAGGGGGGAACGUGCCCCGGGAGCAGUUUACAGUGGUCAUGCUGACGUACGAGAGGGAGGAGGUGCUGAUGAACUCCCUGGAACGUCUCAACGGGCUGCCCUACCUCAACAAGGUGGUGGUGGUGUGGAACUCCCCGAAGCCUCCAUCGGACGACCUGCUAUGGCCAGACAUCGGCCUGCCGAUCGUGGUGGUGCGCACGGAGAAGAACAGCCUCAACAACCGCUUCCUGCCCUGGGACACCGUUGAGACCGAGGCCAUCUUGUCCAUUGACGAUGAUGCCCACCUCCGCCACGAUGAGAUCAUGUUUGGAUUUAGGGUGUGGCGGGAGGCCAGGGACCGCAUCGUGGGCUUCCCCGGUAGGUUCCAUGCCUGGGACGUCAACCACCAGUCCUGGCUCUACAACUCCAACUACUCCUGUGAACUCUCUAUGGUCCUGACUGGAGCAGCCUUCUUUCACAAGUACUAUGCCUAUCUGUACUCCUACGUGAUGCCCCAGGCCAUACGGGACAUGGUGGACGAGUACAUCAACUGUGAGGACAUUGCCAUGAACUUCCUUGUGUCACACAUCACACGAAAGCCCCCGAUCAAGGUGACCUCUCGUUGGACCUUCCGCUGCCCCGGCUGUCCCCAGGCCCUGUCGCAUGACGACUCGCACUUCCACGAGCGCCACAAGUGCAUCAACUUCUUUGUCAAGGUGUACGGCUACAUGCCUUUACUUUAUACGCAAUUCCGUGUGGACUCUGUGCUCUUUAAAACACGCCUUCCCCAUGACAAGACUAAGUGCUUCAAGUUCAUCUAGCCCAGGGCCGGGCCCAGCUAGGAACGUUGGGCAGACCAGAGUGAGAGAGAGCGAGGAACUCGGGCUGGACAAAGGAGGGAGGGGGAGCGGAGAGGACUGGUUCUGGGAGGGGGAGGGGCGGUUAAGAUCCUUCUCCAGUUAAUUGACUGAACCCACUCGGACUCGCCCAACACCUUCACCACAACCUCUGAUAGGCCGGAAGUUGAGAAGAAACGCCUCCAAUCAAGAAGCCUUUUUUUUU